CGCAGCGGCCUGGCCCGAUGGCGCCUCAGCGGAGGGGCGCGCUCAGGGCGCCCGAGGGCAGCGGGGCGUCGGAGCGCCGGCGCCCGUGCAGCACAAAGAAUGUCCGGGCACCUUGGGAGGUGCGGAGGAAGUGGCUGAGAACUACCGUCCUGGGGGCCUGUGCUGUGCUUACUGGGCUCCUGCUCUGGAGCAGCCUGGGGGGUGAUGAUGGCGUCACUGAGGUCCUGGCUCACCGUGGGGAGAUCCUGCCUGGCAGGUUCAUUGAGGUGCCCUGCUCGGAGGACUAUGACAGUCACCGAAGGUUUGAAGGCUGCUCCCCUAGGAAGUGUGGGCGGGGCAUCACCGACACCGUCAUCACCAGGGAUGAAGCCCGGAGGAUUCGCAGCAUAGCCGAGAAGGGGCUGUCCCUGGGAGGAUCUGAUGGAGGGGCGUCCAUCCUGGACUUGCACUCAGGAGCCCUGUCUGUUGGGAAGCACUUUGUGAACCUGUACAGAUACUUUGGAGAUAAAAUACAAACCGUCUUCUCAGAAGAGGACUUCCAGUUGUACCGGGACGUGCGGCAGAAGGUCCAGCUCACGAUCGCCCAGGCUUUUGGCAUCAGCGCAUCUUCGCUGCACCUGACCAAGCCCACGUUCUUCUCCCGCAUCAACAGCACCCAAGCCCGGACGGCACACGACGAGUAUUGGCACGCGCACGUGGACAAGGUGACCUAUGGCUCCUUUGACUACACCUCGCUGCUCUACCUCUCUGACUACCUGGACGACUUCGGCGGAGGGAGAUUUGUGUUCGUGGAGGAGGGGGCCAACAAGACAGUGGAGCCAAGAGCAGGCCGGGUGUCCUUCUUUACCUCAGGGUCCGAGAACCUGCACCGUGUGGAGAAGGUCCACUGGGGCACCCGCUACGCCGUCACCAUCGCCUUCACCUGCAACCCCGACCACGGGAUCGCAGACCCUGAGUUCACGUAGCCCUCCUGUUCACGGCGCCCUCCCGCUGGGAAGCAGCCACACGGAACAGAACGUCCUCCUCUCCCCAUUUCAGCCCGUUUCCUUUGAACAAGGUGCCUUAUGAAUCACC